UCGUCGUAGAAGCCGUUAAAAUGGUGAACUGAAUUCGAAGUUUCAGAAAUUCGGAAGCAACAGGAAAUAGAGGAGACUGGAUUCUGAUGGCGUCAACUGCACUUUCCGUCUCCUCGGCGACGAUUUCCGGUUCGGCGACGCCUUGCCUUCCCAAUACAGCCACCACGGUUGCUUAUUUCAAACCCCGUACGAGCAGUUUAUCUACUUUCCUCGUGGGCAAAAGGAUUAGUUUGCAUCGAACAUCGAGGACAAGGCUCAUUGCCGCCAAUAAUGCUUCUAAUGGGAUCACUUGCUUGGCUUCUUCUUCUUCUGCUGUUCCGUCUGCUCUUCUUUUUGAUUGCGAUGGCGUACUCGUUGAUACUGAAAAGGAUGGGCAUCGGAUUUCCUUCAAUGAGACUUUUGAAGAGAAAGAAUUGGGCGUUACCUGGGAUGUAGAUUUGUAUGGUGAGUUACUCAAAAUUGGAGGUGGAAAAGAAAGGAUGACAGCGUACUUUAACAAGGUUGGAUGGCCAGAAAAGGCUCCAAAGGGUGAAGAUGAAAGAAAGGAAUUCAUAGCUGGACUUCACAAGCGAAAGACAGAUCUGUUCAUGGCUCUUAUUGAGAAGCAACUACUUCCUCUUCGACCUGGUGUUGCAAAGCUGAUUGAUCAGGCAUUAGCAAAGGGAGUGAAAGUUGCUGUUUGUAGCACUUCCAAUGAGAAGGCGGUAUCUGCGAUAGUAUCAUGUUUGCUGGGACCUGAAAGAGCUGAGAAGAUCAAGAUAUUUGCGGGGGAUGUAGUGCCUCGAAAGAAGCCUGACCCUGCCAUCUAUAUUUUAGCAGCCAACACCUUGGGUGUUGACCCUUCAAGUUGUGUUGUGGUGGAGGACAGUGCCAUUGGCCUUGCAGCUGCCAAAUCUGCUGGAAUGAAGUGCAUAGUAACAAAGAGCGGGUACACGGCUGAGGAAGAUUUUGUAAAUGCAGAUGCAGUCUUCGACUGCAUUGGAGAUCCUCCAGAAGAGCGAUUUGACUUGGCAUUCUGUGGAAGCCUUCUUGAGAAGCAGUACGUUAGCUAGACCAUGCAAGUGCGCGAGUCUCACUUGUCGAAAACCGAAAGCUGCGCCAGGUGCUUGUGAAUUCUAAAUAUAGAGAUGGCAGUCCAUGUUUAGCUUCCGGGUAAAGUUUGUAUUUAAUGCUAAUUUGUUGAUAAUAUCCUGUGUUUUACCCCUUAUUGAUCUGGAUGAUUCGAUAAUUUUCGAAUUCGAAAUUUUUUCUCCAUGCUUGA